AUGGACACCCUCACGCCCUGGCUCUCAAUGGAGGUUGCAGCAGACUGGCUGAUAGCGGGUACACUCCUCUGGGCUAUCCGUGAUUCUCGGACACUCUACCGUCGGUCCGGUGAAGUCGUAUGGCAGCUAUUUAGGACUUCUGUGCAAACUGGUCUCAUUGCGAGUCUCUUCGCAAGCGCGACCAUGAUUUUACGGCUUGUAUAUCCGAAAUCCGACUACCCGCUCUUAACUGGCGUUCCGAUUGGGUUUGUCUACGCUGGUACGAUCAUGGACACUCUCCUCUGCAGACAAGCGCUACGAGACAUGCUGAGCGAUGCCCCUCUUCGAAGCUCCAACUUCAAAAUUGCGGACUCAACUCAGACUGCCAACAGUACCAAGGAAACAGGGCCAUCAUACCCUUCACGGACCGUAGACAAAUCUUGCGGCGUUCAGACUGAAUCUGAUUCAAUUCCAGUCUGA